UUUGGGCUUCCUUUAUUUGAAGAAUGGUUAAUGGUUUCUAUAAAGAGAUUCGCUUUCUCAUCAGCAAACGUAUUUCCCCUUGAAAUAACGUCAGUGUUUUUGGUGUGGUCCUUGGAUUUACAUUCCACAAGUGCAGAUGGCAGAAACACGGCACCUAACAAUUGUCAAUUUAGGUCCCAGUGCGUGAUGGGUUCAUCUGUUGAAGUAAUCAUUCUACUAUUCUUUCACUGUUUCGCAAAACAGUGUAGGGUAGAGAAAGCAUACUGACUGUCUGUCCAGAUAGUGACUCGUUUAUUUCGCCCCAACUUACAAGCUUGUGUUAAUGCCCAAAUUUCAGCAGCUUGUGCAGAGAACUUCCCUGAAAGUAGUACGUUCUGAUUAUUUUCUCAUGUACAAUAGUUAAGCAGUCGUGCUGCAGUGUACCAUCAUUAGGAGCAGGUAAGAGAGUACCCGAUACGCCCGUAUUUAGUAUUGUGCACCUCUCAGUGGUAAGGUGGGGUUGAGUCAAAAGGACAGCAGAGUAAUGCAGUUGUCGAUCAGACGAUAAGAAUGGAGUCUUUUGUUGCAACAAAAGCACUGAAACCUGACGUGGAUUCAAGAGUUUCAGUUCCUUAAAAAGUACAAAGUGGUGCCAAAGCUUCAAAAGCUAAAGCAGAUGUGAUGAUAGCUUGCAAGCGUGAUGGCAUUGAUUGUGCUGCUGGGUCUAGCUAGGGUACUAUUUGUUGGAAACACCUCUAGCUUAUACAGUAUUUACACUGACAAGUUACAACCUAUGUAGACACCUGUCGAUAUUCUACAUCAUACAGGAUUUACACCAACAAUGCUUUCUUGGACCAGCAACAACAAUAGAAAGACAUUUCCCUGUGUAGUGUAACUCACACAGAAACACACAUACACACACCUGUUAAUGUUUCCUUCCUGUCUGUCUCUCUCCUCCUCAGCUCUUUCUCUCAGGGGCUCUCUGUCUGUCUGUCUCUCCUCCUUCCCCACUAUUUUCUCUAUUCUCCUCACUUAUUUUGAACUACAACGACUACUCCCACAGUCCUUUCAAUUCAGCGCUGGGUUAUUUGAAGACAGCGCAGGCUUUACACACUUGCGCUUGACCAACUAUAUCGUUCUGUUUAGAUUGAAAAAAAUCAUCAUGCUUUUUAUCGGUUAUACAUGGUGUCAUUAUCUGAAGGCAGCGGCUAUUUACACUAAGUGACAAUAGCAGCAUUGUCUUAGCGAUAUGCUAUUUACACUAAGUGACAAUAAAUAGCGAUAUAUUCUAUUUACACUAUAUAAAAGUAGCAGAUCUUUGCAAUAAGGGGAAAUAGUUGUUAGAUGCUACUUAUACUUAUAAAAUAGUGGCAGAUACUAUUUGCAUCUCAGUAUUGUACAUGUAAAUGUAAAACAUGUACAUGACUAUAUUUAUUAACAUUAUUAAAUGGAUGCCACCUUAUUGGGACAAUAAAGCCCUCUACAUUUCAAAACCACUUUUCAAAUAUUUUCAUUUUUAUUGAAAAUAAACGCCUUUCCAAUGUGAUAUGUGAUGGGAAAAGGGAAAAGAGCGAGUUGGGAAAAAGGCGGAUUCGAACUCAGGUCAAACGCGUCAAAAGCUACUUCCAGGCAUCUUUUUUAAAAAUUGGGCCCGCCUGGGCCCCAAGUGCGCAUGGGGUCCUGGGCCCAUGCCCAUAAUGCCCAUUGGAUAAUCCUGGGUCUAUCUUGGUGGAAUAGUACACCGCUGGGUGUAAUUUACCACCGUGUGUUUGCAGAAAGACAGAAGUCAUAAGGCCAUUAUUUAUAUUAACAGUUUGAAUGAAAGGUGUAGACAUAUCAGGUAAUCCCAGAGUGGGUGCGGAGGCCAACUGUGUUUUUAGAUCCAGAAAGGCUUUUUCAGCCUCUGGAGUCCAGAUUAUUUGAUCAGUUAGAGCCAAAUUGGAGCCAUGUGAUAUUGAGAGCAAUGGUGUGGUUCUUUCAGCAAAAUGAGGUGUCCAGGCUCAACAAUAAUUUACCAUUACUAAAAAGGAAAGAUAUUUGCCUUUUAGUGGAUGGUUUAGGAAGAGUAGUGACAGCCUGUACUCUAUCUUUCAUGAGUUUUCUCCUUUCAGCUGAAAUAUCAUAUCCUUUUUAGGUAUUUUACAUUAGAUUUCCAAAGUUGAAGUUGUUACGGCUCACUCUGUGGCCAUGUUCUGCCAAAAAGUGUAGUGAUGCAAGGGUGGCCUUUUGACACUCAGCUACAUUAUUAGAGCAUUAAAGAAUAUCGUCAACAUAAAGAAGCACCUUACUGCCGCGAUUCGAAUCAAAUCUUUCUAUAUUUUCAGCCAUUGCCAUAAAAAACACUGCUGGACUCUCGCAAUACCCCUGUGGACACCGAGUAAAUGUGUACUUUUUCCUUCAAAAGUGAAGCACCGGUAUUAAAACUUGUGCUCCCAAAGGGAUAUUAUAUAACAUAGUAUAUGGAUCUGGGACAAUAGGAGUGCGAGGUAUUAUUUCACUAUUUACAGCUUGUAAAUCUAAGACCCAGUGGAGGGGGCUGCUUUUUUAACUGGAAACAGGGGUGUGUUACAUGGGGAAUUACUACAUGGAACAAUUACUCCACUUUUAAUUAAGUCUUGAAUGAAGUCUUCAAUGGCCUCUGCUUUCAGAGAAUAUUGUCUUUCCCAGGGUCGAUAAGAAGAUUUUGGAUCAACUACUAGUGGAGAUGCUCCUUCCAUGAGUCCCACAUCACCACUUCCCUGUGACCAAAACGUUGAUGAUAUUUGGGCGAUGAAGGGCUCCACAACCCUGUAGGAAUUUUGCCAUAAAAUUAACAGCCUUUUUUGUGACAGUAAACCAUUUUAAAUCAAGAGAAUAAGCUUGUAAUGCAGGGUAGAGGCAUCCUUCUCCACUGAUCACAAUCCCUCUAAUCCGGUGAAUUAAAACAAUUCUUUAGUAAUCCCCCACACUUCACCCUAAGGACAGGUGUGGUGGGUUUGUGGUGUGAAAAAGCGUUUUUUUUUUCUUUUUUCUUUUUUAUUUAAACCAACAGAAACCACACAAAACCCUGCUUUAAUCCAACAUAGGUUGCAAAGGUGAUGUGAAACCAUUUCACUUCCCUUAAAAAACCUUUUCCCGUACAUGGUAUUGGCACCAGAAUUAGGUUUAAAAUACAUAGUACAGUGCAUGUCUUCAGGAUUUUGAAGGACAGCACUGGGAGAAAGUCUCUCUUUAGACUUUAGUCUUUUAGGGGAGAGUGAUUAACCUUGGCCCUGAAUAGAGUAAAUCUAAAGUAUAGUAAUAAUGUGGUGCAGAAUUACCCAGAGCAACACCUUGAAAAGAAUUUUGGUCUGUUUUAAAAAAUUUCAAUUCCCUCACUAGAAGAUUUAUUCGGGAUUCCUAAUUUGUACAUUAGAUCUCAACCCAUGAGAUUAACCGGAGGCUAACAGUAUUCAUUUGUUUAGUCAGUUGUACAAUAUUUCUUCCCCCAUUGGCAGAUUGAUCUAUGACUGUCUCAGAAGACACAGGGAAAGCUUUAGUAGCUCUCUUGAAUCUCAACAGUAGGUGGUGAAUGAGCAUUUAACAUAGCUAACAAAUGACACAAAUUAAAUUCUGAAUUUUAAACUUUCAUCUUCAGGAUUAUAGGUAUGAAAAGGUAAUAAAUUAAAGGUUACAUGACCUGAUGGUGUGUUUAUUUCAAGCUCUGGAUCCUGGUCAGUUACACCUGCCCCUCAUCCGGGCCCUGCCCCUCAUCAACCCAAUGCCCCUCCUGUCCACACAUGAAAGACAUUUCUUCCCCCAUGUAUGCCUUUUACCCAACCUCAUCCUUGGCCCCUUCUCCUCGGGCCAGAACCUUGGAAAAAAGACCUGGUCAGUGUCGCCCCACAUUUGGUUGUCCAUUUGCUGUAUUUGUUACUGUAUCUUCUUCGUGUCCAGGUUUUCGUUCAGCAAAGUUGCUUUGGAGUCCCGAAUAAUGUCUUCUCCAUGUCGUGGAUAUUCUAGAACAUUGGUAUUGUGACAAGAUGUCCACUCGAGCUCAAGAUGAAGAAGAGCAGGAAGACAGACUUCUGGCAUGGAAAGAUCAAGUAUGAGGAUUAUGAAGAAGAGAUUGAAGAUCCAGCAGACGUGGAGCAAAUGAUUAGAAAAGCUCAGAAUGAAAUAGCUGGGACUGACAUGGGCAUCAGUGAUAAGCUCAUCAGCCUGGAGGUGACAUCGUCCAACGUUCCUGACCUCACGGUCAUCGAUCUGCCUGGUAUUACCCGUGUAGCAGUCAAGGACCAACCCGAGAACAUUGGAGAACAAAGUAAGAGGCUGAUCAAAAAGUUCAUCACAAAGCAAGAAACCAUCAACCUGGUGGUAGUGCCGUGUAACGUGGACAUCGCCACUACUGAAGCGCUGAAGAUGGCUCUGGAAGUUGAUCCAAACGGCGAGAGAACGUUCGGCGUCCUAACGAAAGCUGACCUGGUGGAUAAAGGCUCGGAGGAGACAGUGGUGUCCAUCAUCAAUAACGAGAUCGUUUACCUCAAUAAAGGCUACAUCAUCGUCAGGUGCCGAGGACAGCAGGAGAUCAAGGACCGUGUCUCUCUGAAUGAAACCGUCAAGAAGGAAAGGGACUUCUUUGAAGAUCACCCACAUUUCAGCACACUGUAUGACAAAAGAAAAGCCACUAUUCCCAACUUGGCCGAGAAACUUACGCUUGAACUUGUCCUUCAUAUUGAGCGAUGUCUGCCGCAACUGGAGGAGCAAAUCCUGAUGAAGUUGGCUGAAAUUCAGGCUGAAGUGGACCGCUAUGGCUCAGGGCCUCCUACAGAACCAGAACAAAGGAUCUACUUCUUGACUGAUAAAAUCACAGCAUUCACUCAGGAUGCCAUCAACCUGACGACUGGAGAGGAGGUGAAGAGCAUGUCAUAUAUAAACAUCUUCUCAGGUCUGAGGAAGCAGUUUUCUCUCUGGAAGAAUGAUCUAGACAGUGUAGGAGAGACAUUUAACAAAAGGAUUGAGAAGGAAAUGCAGGGGUAUGAGGAAAAAUACAGAGGCAGAGAACUUCCAAGCUUCCUCAACUACAAGACCUUUGAGGUGAUAGUGAAGGGCCCGAUCAAGCAACUGGAGGAACCUGCCAUCGGGAGACUGAAGGAAAUCUCAGAUCUCGUUAAGAAGGAGUUCAUCCAACUGGCUCAAUCCAACUUCCCAGGUUUCCCUAAUCUCUAUAAAAUAGCAAAGACCAAAAUCGAGAACAUAAAGCAGGUGAAGGAGUCAGAGACUGAAUCAAUGCUCAGGACCCAGUUUAAGAUGGAGAUGAUAAUCUACACCCAAGACAGCAUGUAUAAGAAUAACCUGCACAUGCUGAAGAUCAUGGAGGAAGAAGAAGAGAGACAAAAGUUUGGUGUGGCUUGCCUGCCUUCUCAAAGGUUGUACGAUCACUCAGACAGCGAAGGCACUCUUGAGGAACUGACACGUCACCUGAAGUCCUACUAUUGUAUUGUGACUAAGCGCCUGGCGGACCAGGUUCCGAUGGUGAUCAGGUACAUGAUGCUUCAGGAGUCAGCGGCACAGCUGCAGAGGGAAAUGAUACAGCUCAUACAGGACAGACAUAACAUCGAUGAGCUGCUGAAAGAAGAUCAUGACAUCGCCAUAAAACGGAACAACCUGCAUAGCCGCCAGAAACGGCUGACAGAGGCCCUCAAAUACCUGGCUAAAUUUUAGAGCCAAUCAUAAAUUUUAACACACAAUCUGUGUUGGUAAAUUUUGGUAGAAUUCUAGGUUUUAGAAAUGAUGUAACUGUCAAUCACUGAAGGAACUGCAAAAUCCCUUUAUGUUUUUGUUUGUUACUACAUUUUCAAGAAAACACAAAGCAAUUUUCUGGUAAAGCAGUUUCUUUCUGUACGGUGCUGAGUCUGUCAUCUUGGAUUUUUUAAAUGUUUUGUACUGCUUUCUAGUCCUUAAUACAAGUUACACUUCCAAAUAAACAAUUUUAACAGCAUUAAUAACGCA